AUGGCGGAAGCACCAAAGGCAGAACCAGUUGCAGAGGCCCCCCAGGCUCCAGCCCAGGAAGCAAAACCGGAGGAGCCGGCUGCUGAGGCCCCGAAAGCAGAGUCAGCCACAGAGGCGAAACCAAAAAAAUGUACCAAAGGGGUAGAGGCACCGAAGACUGAGGAGGCAGCCGCAGAGGUGCCCAAGACAGAGGAGCCAGCUGCCGAGGCACCAAAGGCUGAAGAGGCAGCCGGCGAGGUGCCGAAGACUGAGGAGCCAGCUGCCGAGGCACCCAAGGUUGAGGAGGCAGCCGCAGAGGCACCGAAGACUGAGCAGCCAGUU